UAGAACUCAUGUUUCCUUUUAAGUCUUGGCUUAGUCCUGUGAAUCUUACAGCAGAACAAGGCUGGACUAAGAAAUUCAGGGAAAGUCUUAAUGACUAAUUAGGGCUAUUUCAUUGUGAGAGAAGUAUUCUAGCAACAACUGAUACCAUACUGUAAGUAGUUUUAAUUGUACAUGCAAGUAUUCUUUUCUGGCUUUUCAGAAAGCAUGCUGCCGGAGUAAGGGAGGAACAGCUUACUGUGGACAGAGGAGGUGGAUUUGGAUCUACUCCUCUUCGAGAAGGAUAGAGAGAUCUGGUAUAUGUCCAGCAAUAACUUCCCUUCAAGGAUUGAAUGUUCCCAUUCAUUCAUAUACUUGCAUGGGUAAGUUCUCUCUCCAUGGGGAUGAUUUUCUUUUGCUGCCCGAUAGUCAGCGUCUUCACGGACAUAUUUGGUUGUCGGAAAACAGCCGUCGUGGGUGCUGCUGUUGCGUUCAUUGGACUCUUGUCCAGUUCUUUUGUAAGUUCCAUCGAGCCUCUGUACCUUACCUAUGGAAUCAUAUUUGCCUGUGGCUGCUCCUUUGCAUACCAGCCUUCACUGGUCAUUCUGGGACACUAUUUCAAGAAGCGCCUUGGACUGGUGAAUGGCAUUGUCACUGCUGGCAGCAGUAUCUUUACAAUUUUGCUGCCUUUCCUUUUAAGGGUUCUGACUGACAGCGUGGGCCUCUUUUAUACACUGAGGAUCCUCUCCAUCUUCAUGUUUGUUCUCUUUCUGGCUAGCUUCACCUACCGACCUCUUGCUUCCAGUGCCAAAGAUAAAGAGAGUGGAACCGAAGGAAGCAACAGAUUCUCCCUCUUUUCCAGGAGAAAGUUCAGUCCUCCAAAAAAAUUUUUCAAUUUUGCCAUCUUCAAGGUGACAGCUUAUGCAGUGUGGGCCGUUGGAAUACCACUUGCACUUUUUGGAUACUUUGUGCCUUAUGUACACUUGAUGAAACAUGUCAAUGAAAGAUUUGAAAAUGGAAAAAACAAAGAGGUGGUUCUCAUGUGCAUCGGCAUCACUUCAGGAGUUGGACGGCUGCUCUUCGGCCGGAUUGCAGACUAUGUGCCUGGCGUGAAGAAAGUUUACCUACAGGUGCUUUCCUUUAUCUUCAUUGGUCUCAUGUCCAUGAUGAUUCCCCUGUGUAAUGACUUUGGGGCCCUCAUUGCUGUAUGUCUCAUCAUGGGUCUCUUCGAUGGAUGCUUCAUUUCCAUUAUGGCCCCCACUGCCUUUGAGUUAGUUGACACCUGGGAUGUCUCUCAAGCAAUUGGAUUUCUGCUCGGAUUCAUGUCUAUACCCAUGACUGUGGGCCCACCCAUUGCAGGGUUACUUCGUGAUGAGCUGGGCUCCUAUGACGUGGCAUUCUACCUCGCUGGAAUCCCCCCCCUUAUUGGAAGUGCUGUCCUUUGUUUUAUCCCGUGGAUCCACAGUAAGAAGCAAAGAGAGAUCAGUAAAACCACUGGAGGAGAAAAAAUGGAGACAAUGCUGGAGAACCAGAACUCUCUGCUGUCAAACUCAUCUGGAAUCUUUAAGAAAGACUCUGACUCUGUUAUUUAAUGUCUUAUAUACCUCCACCAGACUGGAUUUGCUUUCAGAAUUUUAAACAGUUUUCCCUUUUAUAUGAAUUGCAAAUUUCUUAUUUUUUAAUCAUAUCCUGAGAAUAGCACAGCAAUUGGAAAAUAGAGCCCUGAUUACUCCAAGAACCAUUUUCUGCCACCAAAUAGCCGUUCGGUAUUUCCAUGAGUCUGAGGGCAGAGACUUGGGUACAUGGAAACAUGUCUGAAAGUCAAAUAUUGUGAGAAUUUGAAGCUAUUUCAGUAAAAAGCAACUCUGGAAACUGUGAAUGCUAUUUAGCUUGUACAAAUAUUUAAAAAUACCUCAAGCUAUACUGAAAGGGUUGCAGUUUGGUUAGGACUGGAAAUAUUUUUUGUUGUCUUACAUGGCGUUUUGAGUUCUGGUAUCUCUGUUUUAAUUUCUUCUGCUAUUUGGAAACUUUUUACAAAAUUUAAGCUUGGAUUCUAGACAAUGUCAGAUUUACCUAAACCUCAAGUCUGUGUUAAAGUUGCUUGUCUGCUGUUAAAUAAGCCAUGAAAUUAAGUUAUUCUGACUUGCUCCAGUGUCAGGGGACCACCUUGGAGCAGAUGAUAACACUGUAUUCGAAACCAGUGUUUGGGAUGAAAAGGAUCCUGUUCCUGGGAGCAGAGCAGUUCAGGAAUCAGGCAUUUCUUUCAUUUACGUUUGUUCCCUGUGGGUUUGCAGUGUGUCUUACUCAAGUAGCCAGAAACUCCCCAAAUUUCUGAAUUUGUUUAAAUUGUAACAAUAAAGUAAAAUAGAAUGAACGAAAGA